UCUCCUCUUGGAUUCUUGUCGCAACCCACGACAGUCGUAAAGGAUAUCAAAAUGCUCUUGAAAGGUGUUGUCUCGGCCUGGUUGCUGCUGGAGGCGGCCAUUGCUGCGCCUACCCGCCAGAGCCCAUUGGUGCUCGAGAAGCAAAAGUCGCCGUACAACCUCGACCACUACGAUCCCUACGAUCGCAAGUUUGACAGCUAUGGCGAACAUGUUCAGCCUCUGCCCAUGCGCAAUGGCAAGGGCACCGACAUGUUGGGACCACGCAAUCGCGACAGAGAGCGACAGAACCCCGACAUGCUCCGUCCGCCAACCACAGACCAUGGCACGAUGAAGAACAUGCACUGGAGCUUUGCCGAUUCGCACAUUCGCAUUGAAGAGGGCGGCUGGACGCGCCAGACCACUGUCCGCGAGCUGCCUUCCUCCGUCGAAUUGGCCGCCGUGAACAUGCGCCUCGACGAAGGCGUCAUUCGCGAACUGCAUUGGCACAAGGAGGCCGAGUGGGCUUAUGUGCUCAAGGGCAGCGUGCGUAUCACUGCUCUCGACACCGAGGGUGGCUCAUUCAUCGAUGAUUUGGAAGAGGGCGAUUUGUGGUACUUCCCCUCCGGUCAUCCUCACUCCCUCCAAGGUCUCAGUCCCAAUGGCACCGAAUUCCUCCUCAUCUUUGAUGACGGCAACUUCUCCGAGGACAGCACGUUCUUGUUGACCGACUGGCUGCACCACACACCCCUCUCUGUCGUGGCAGAGAACUUCCGACUCCCACCCGAGGUCUUCAAGGAGCUCCCCGAGGAGGAGAAGUACAUCUUCCAAGGCUCGCUCCCGGGACCCAUCGACAAAGAGAAGCCGGCGGCAUUCAAGAAGUCCAAGCUCCAAUUCACCCACAAGAUGCUGGCGCAGAAGCCAAAAGAAGCAUCCGGCGGCAAGGUGCGCAUCACCGACAGCACCAACUUCCCCAUCUCCAAAACCGUCGCCGCCGCCCAUCUCGACAUUGGCCCAGGCGCGCUGCGCGAGAUGCACUGGCACCCCAACGCCGACGAGUGGUCCUACGUGAUUCGCGGCCGCGCUCGCGUCACCAUCUUCGCGGCGGAAGGCAAUGCCCGCACCUUUGACUUCAUGCCGGGCGACGUGGGCAUCGUGCCGCGCAACAUGGGCCACUUCAUCGAGAACCUCAGCGACGACGAGCCGCUCGAGAUGCUCGAGAUCUUCCGCGCCGACAAGUUCCUCGACUUCUCGCUCUUCCAAUGGAUGGGCGAGACGCCGAAGCGCCUUGUGCUCGACCACUUGUUCGCCACCGACCCCAAGUCGGGUGCGAAGUUUGCCAAGGCGAUUGAGGAUGCGGAGAAGGAUGUCAUCAAGGAGCAUUACUCGAUUGACGACGAUUCCUACGAGGAUGAGUUGUAGAGACGAGUACUUCAUUGGCGCACAUCCGCCUACAGAUGUCUACUUCGUUGUACCUUUUUUCCACGUAGAUAGGGUUGGGAAGAAAGUGUAAUGGAUAUAUAGCUAUAUACAUUAAAGCAAUCUAUUAUAUAAUA